AUGAUGGAUAAGAAUAGUAAGAAUUCCACACAGGGGCAAUCAGAAACGUUGUUUCUUAUAAAAAAACAAUUUUUCAAAACAAAAAUGUGUCCUUUUCAGAAGAAUAAAAAUUAUUGUCUAAAUAAAUCUAGUUGUCAUUAUGCACACAGUAUAGAAGAAUUAAAACCAAUGCCAGAUUUAAGGAAUACAAAGUUGUGUGAUUAUAUAAAAAAAAAGAUACCUUGUAGAGAUAUAAAUUGUAAGUUUGCUCAUGAUAUUGAUACAUUAAAACCUAGUGUUCAUUUAGCUACAUACAAAUCAACUAUAUGCAGUUUCUGGGGGAAGGGAAAAUGCUUCAAUGGAAAUAAAUGCCGAUUUGCUCACGGCAAUGAAGAUAUAAAAUAUAAUGAUGAUAUAAAAUAUGAUGAGGUGGUAAAAUAUGACGAUGAUAUAAAAUAUGAUGAGGUGAUAAAAUAUGACGAUGGUGUAAAAUAUAAUGAUAAUAUAAAAUAUGAUGAGGGUGUAAAACAUGACGACUUAAAAUAUAAUGACCAUAUAAAAUUUAAUGACGAUGUCAAAUAUAACAAGAGUAAUAAAUAUAAGAACAUAUAUAAAGAUAUUAACUUUGAUUUAAAAAAAGAAGGUACAGCAUCUACAUAUUCAUUUAACACAUGUGAUUAUUCAGUUAAUUGUUCUAUGGAAACAGCUAAUGCAUCCUCAUUCGAUAAAAGCAAAGAAAUUAUAUUUUUAAAAAAAAAAGAUAUAAAUAAGGAGACUAACAUUGAUGAUAAUAAUGAGAAUGAUAACAAGAGUGAAAAAAUGAAUCACAAUAUUUUUUUCAAAAACCAGGAGAGAGAAUAUAACAUCGAAAUGAUAAAUAAUAAUAAUACAGUUGGAAAGGAUAAUUUUUUAAAUAAAUAUUAUCCUAAUAAUUAUUAUUAUGACAAUAAAGAAAAGAUUGAUAAUAUAUGGAAUAACAAAGAAAAUAUAGAGAAUAUAAAUUAUAUAGAUGAUGAAAUAAAAAUUUCAGAGGAGACAGAAAAUAAAAGAAAAAAAAAUUUUCAUAAUGAAUUUUUAUACAAUAACAAUUUUAAUAAUUCAAUAGAAUAUGCAGAAAAUAUAGAAAAGGGUUGUAUUAAUGAUGUUAUAAAUAAUCUUGGUAAUAUUGCUUUAUCUACAUUUAUAGAAAAUAAUGAUAAAUAUACAAAUGUUAUAAAAUAUUUAUUGAACGAAAAUAAUAUGUUGAAAGAAUGUAUUAAAAAGGAACAGAAAAAUAAUAUUUCAUUACAACAUGAUAAUAAAGAUAUAUGUCACAUGAAGGUAGAUACAAAUAAUUUAACAUAUAAAAAUAAUAUGCUCAAAUUAAAUGACAACAAUAAUAAUAAUAAUAUAUGUUUUAAUGAUGUAACAAAUUUUAUGUUCCCAGAAGAAAAUUUAGAAAAAUUAAUAUAUUCUAAUGAUAAGAAAAUAUAUUCAAAUAAUAAUAUAUCAACAUUAGAUGAUACAAAUAAAAUCGAUGAAAAUUUUUAUGGCAUAAUAAAAACAAUAGAUGAUAUUCUAAUUUCACAUAAUAUAGUUUCACAAAGAAAUAUAAAUGAUAUCAAUAAAAUUAAUAGUGACGAUGAUAAUAAAAAUAAUGAUGAUAAUAAUAAUAAUAAUAAUAGUGACGUUGAUGAUAAUAAUAAUAACUACGAUCAUAAUAAUAAUGAGGAAUAUAAAAAUAUAACAUCGUGUAAUUUAAAAUCCUUUACAAAUUACAAAAAUUUAUAUCCAAAUUUUCAUACAUUUAAUACAAAUGAUAAUAAAAAUGUUGAAGCAGAGAAAUAUAAAAAUUUACAAAAAAAUUUUUAUGAAGAAAAUUUGGAAUAUACAAAAUAUAAAGCAUAUCCUCAUAAUAUAAUCAAUAUGAACUAUAAUAAUUACACAAAUGACAUAAAAAAUUAUUCUUCUCAAACGUUUUUUGAUCCACCUACGUACUCGAAUGUCGAAUUAUUAAACGAGCAAGAUACAAACGAGCAUAUAAAAUGUUUAAAAAAUAUAGCAACAGAAAAAGCAAAUAACAAAAACGAUGAAAUAUAUGCAUGGAAUGAUAAACGAUAUAUUACAAGUGAUAAUAUAUCACCUCCUUUUUUUUUUCAUAAUAAUGAUAUAAUAUCACCUCAUUAUAAUAAUAAUAAUAAUAACAAUUUUAAUAAUUCUUCAAAGGAAACAAAUAGAACAAAAAUGUUGAAAGAAAAAAAUGCAAAAUUAAAUUUAAGAGAAUAUUCAGAAGGGGGAGAUAAUAAAAGUAUGAACAUAGAUAAGCUUUUAGAAAUUACUGAUGAAAAAUCUGAUAUUUUAAAAAAAAUAAAAAAUUUUAUUUCGAAUGAAUUACAAAAUAAUGAAAACCAAAAUUAUUCUAAUAAAAAAAAUAAUCUUUAUUCUAAUAUAUCUAUAACAUCAAAUGGAAACAACAACAACAACAAUAAUAAUAAUAAUAAUAAUAAUAUGUCUAGAAAGAGUACCUUAUUAAAUGAACAUAAUAAUUCAUCUACAUUUAAUGCUAUCCUUCCCGGUUUUUAUAAUGACAUCUACACUAUUAAUAAUAAUAAUCAUAAUAAUAAUUAUGAUUGUAAUAAUAAUAAUAGGAAUAACGCUAGCUUUAUGAAUGAUCAUAAUGUUGAUAAGAUUAAUAGUAAUUUUUACAAAAAUAAAAAUGAUAUUAAUAAUGAUCAUAAUAAUAAAUACUCUCAUCAAAUAACAUCAAAUGACUGGAUGAAUCAUCAAAAAAAUAAAGACUUUUUCAAUAUGUCAAAAUCGGUUAAUUUGAGUAGUUUAAAUUAA